AGGGUCAGUGCUGCGCUAUGUUUAGCGCUGUUAGCCAUGGCUUAUGCUCCUCUAAUAGGGUUUGGGUAUAAAACCCCUCCCACCUCUUCCUCGGGUUGUGAUUUAACACAACAGCCUCCAGUGAGCAACACUCCCCUGCACACACUGUCCGAGGCUCCGAGAUACACACAGAACCCACUCCACCGUAUUUCUGAACAGCCCAACUAGACCGGACAAUACAGCACAUACAGGGGGCUUCGGCCCGAAUGCUGAUUGGCUGACCGCACCCGCUCAGCAUGAAGCCUCGCAGGCGGCUGCUGUCCGUGGAUCUGCUGCCCACCAUCAGCGAGACGCAGGAGGACGCCGCCCACGCGUGGCACCCCGGGCACGCCGGGCACCCCUCCGCCUCCCUGGAGGACUACGUGGCGUCCAUUAAGGAGCUGGCGCAGCCUGCCGCCUUCUCCGCCUGCGCCACGCUCCGGGUGCCAGGGCGCCGGAAACACGCCCUCCCCGCGGCCCCGCCCCCCGGCGCCGCGGCGGCAGCCUGCAAGCCCCGCCUCCCCGUCGCCCUGGACGACAUCGCGCUGGUCUUCGGCGCGGGCGCUAAGGGAGAGUGCGGCGGCUCGUGCGCGGCCGCGAGGGACCCGCUGGACUGGCUGUUCGCUCGGGCGGAGGAGUGCGACGGCCUGUCGCUUCCGGAGACUUCCGCGGCCGCUCUGUGUCUGCUGUGAUGCGAGCGGCUCGCCGAACGUGACUGAGCGGAGCUCGAUCAUCCCUUUCUCAGGACGGAUAACGAGACUGGAGUCGUAUGAUUUAUACGAUAUACGUCACAUAUGGACCACUGUGGAUGUGUUUAGCGUUGCACCCCUGGCACUGUCGAACUGUCGUUUUGCAAUAAAACUUUGAUUAUGAUA